UGUUGUGCAGCGCGCCAACACGGCCAGCAGCAACACUCGAGUAGAAGCGAUAGAAACUCUAAAAGUCUUUUUCCCAGUUUGGAGUUAAUUUAACAGUUUACAAGACACAAUGACUUCUUCAAGAAACUUGCCGCUACAGGCCAGAAACUUACCAUGGGUUGAAAAGUACAGACCACAGAAGCUUGAUGAUCUGAUCUCACAUAAAGAUAUUCUCAGCACAAUCCAGAAGUUUAUCAGCGAGGACAAGCUUCCUCACCUCUUGUUCUACGGCCCCCCGGGAACAGGAAAGACCUCCACCAUCCUAGCUUGUGCCAAGCAGCUGUACAAGGACAAAGAGUUCAACUCCAUGGUGUUGGAGCUAAACGCAUCAGAUGACAGAGGUAUUGAUGUUGUUCGUGGACCCGUUCUGAGUUUUGCCAGCACCAGGACCAUCUUCAAGAAGGGCUUCAAGUUGGUGAUACUGGACGAGGCCGAUGCAAUGACCCAGGAUGCCCAGAAUGCAUUGCGGCGAGUGAUUGAGAAGUAUACAGAAAACACUCGUUUCUGUCUGAUCUGUAACUACCUGUCCAAGAUCAUCCCGGCUCUGCAGUCUCGCUGCACCAGGUUCCGCUUCGGCCCGCUGAACCCGUCCCAGAUGAUCCCUCGGCUGGAGCACGUGGUCCAGCAGGAGAGUCUCGACAUAACUCCAGAUGGAAUGAAGGCCAUAGUGACUUUAUCAUCAGGUGAUAUGAGAAGAUCACUCAACAUACUGCAGAGCACCAGCAUGGCGUACGGGAAAGUGACCGAGGACACAGUGUACACCUGCACGGGUCAUCCCCUCCGCUCAGAUAUAGCCAACAUCCUCGACUGGUCCCUCAACAAAGACUUCACCACAGCAUACAAGCAAAUCCUGGAGCUGAAGACUUUGAAAGGUUUGGCCCUGCAUGAUAUCCUCACUGAGAUCCAUCUGCUCAUACACAGAGUGGACUUUCCUCCAGGUAUCCGGAUCGGUCUGCUCAUCAAGUUGGCUGACAUCGAACACCGGCUCGCCUCAGGAACCAGUGAGAAGAUCCAGCUCAGCUCCAUGGUUGCAGCGUUCCAGGCGGUGAGGGACCUGGUGGUCAGCGAGGCCUCGUAGAUACAGAACCGGCUUCACGACGGAGAGAGAAAACCUUUUCACCAAUUCCUCGGUGACCGCCAUCACUGGCCAUUUACACUUUCAUGAGAAAAUCAGUGGUCGGUUUGCUUAUUUAGAGAGAAAACAGAUGCCCCCGAGUGUCCGCUGCAUGACUGCCCACCACUGCUGCACAGAGCAGAAACACGCCAGCAGCCAUCUGAGUCACUCACAUCUGCAUACCAACUGAGCAGAAAUGGAAGGCAGUUGUUUAUAACUCUAAUAAUAAAAAACAGGUUUUCUUUGGGCACUUAAAAUGUGCAGAACUACGGAAGCCCUGAACCGCAAGUGAAGAAUUUUUUUUUUGAGAUGUUAU